UUUUUCUUUUUCUUUUAAAAAAUUCCAAAAAUUAUUUCAAGAGAAAAAUGUCAAAUAAAUUUUAUGGACAACUAGUAAUUGGAGCACCUGGAGCAGGAAAGACAACUUAUUGCAACGCUCUUCAACAAAUAUUUAAAGCAAUUAAAAGACCUUUUAUUUUGGUUAAUUUGGAUCCGGCAAAUGAAAAUAUACCUUUUGAGGUUCAUGUGGACAUUAAUGAAUUAAUUUGUGUUGGGGAUGUUAUGGAGAAAUUUAAUUUGGGACCUAAUGGAGCACUUCUUUAUUGUAUGCAAACUUUGGCUGCUAAUCUUGAUUGGUUAGAGGAACGUCUCGAAAAAUUUAAAGGUUUUUACCUUAUAAUUGAUAUGCCUGGACAAAUGGAACUUUAUUGUAGUGAUGAUUCUAUCCGAAAAAUUAUUAAUAGGUUUAAUACAUUACAAUGGCAAAUUUGUGCUAUUUGUCUUAAUGAUUCUACGCAUAUUAAUGAUCCAGGAAAAUUUAUUUCCGUAAUUCUUUCUUCCUUAAUGGCUAUGAUAAAUUUAGAAAUUACACAAAUUAAUGUUCUUUCAAAAGUUGAUUUACUUUCAACAAAAGAUUUGCCUUUUAGUUUAGAUUAUUUUGAAGAAUUGCCUAAUCUUAAAUAUUUGGUUGAUUUACUUGAUGACCACCCAGCAUUAUCAAUAUAUAAAAAUCUAAACAAACAACUUUGUCAAUUAAUUGAAGAUUAUGGACUAAUUGGUUUUGUAUUGUUAAAUAUUCAAGAAAAAGAGUCAAUACUAAAUUUAAUAAAAAUGGCAGAUGAUGCAAAUGGAUUUACUAUAGCUUCUUCAAAUUGUGAAGAUUUUAGAAAUUUGAAAAUGUUAAAUAGAUCUUCUUCAAGUAUUAAAAGUGACAGAAAUGUUUUUGCUACACCUAAAAGUGGAACACCAAGCUCAGUUUCUAGUCAAAUUCCGAGUGCCAAAUUAACCGUUGGAAUUGGUAAAAGAGUUCGUGAUAUUGUUGCUAUAUUUCCUCAAGGAGAGCCAGUUGAGCCUUCAAAGCUGUGUUUUUCUGAACAAUUGAAUCGGGCCGACAAAAAAGUUUUUACAAUGACGAGUUUAGCUAAUACUGAAUUUUCUUCAAAGCCUUUACAUAUUGACCAUGUUGGCAUUGAAGAACCACCAGGGAAUGGUUUUGAAUAUGUUUUGGCUAUAGUUGAUAGAAGAACAGGGCGCCCAAUUGAAUUUAAACCUGCUGCAUUAGUUAGUUUUCAACCGCGAUUUCAACCUGGGGAAGAAUUGUUAAAUGGACGAAAGUUUGUUUUUAGAAGAUUUUCAAAAAAAUUUUAUUUUUUCAGACGUAAAAGUGUUACCAAUUAUUCCCAAGAUUUUUCAAUGUCUUUUGAUGAAAUGAGAACUGAACGUAAUAAUUUGACAAAAAGUUUUGGAAGUGCAAAAAAUGUUAAAAAAUUGGAAGCAAAUAUUAGAAGGAGCAUUACAAAUGAAACACUAGACGCAAUGUCAACAACAGCUUUUUCUUCCCCAAAUACUUCAAUUAAGAAAGAAGAAUUUGAUGAUAGUAUUGAUUCUUUUUCUACUACUACAACUUUAGACGAUGACAAAUCUAAAUUAUUGUCUAUUUUGGAAAAGGGUACAAGUGGAAUGUUACCAAAACCAAAUUAUGACGCUAAAGUACCUUCUGACGUCUAUAAACUUGAUCAAUUUUUGCCUGAUAAUUUUGAUCAAUUUAAAUCUGGAUAUGAACAAGAAUCUUUAAAAUAUUUUAAAUCUGUGGAUUCUUUUCAAUAUUUAAUUAAUUUUGGUGUAUCCCCUCUAGUUGCCAAAAGAGUUGGUAUUCCUUCACGCCAUGUAAAUCCAGGAAUUCGUUGUACAAUUGCAUUAAAAAUGGUUGUUUUAUCAAAAUUUGUUCAGUAUUGUUUCAAAAAGAAAUCUAGAGCUUUGUCUAUAUCACUUGGUGAUGUUGAAGCUUUUCAACUACCUUCUUUAAUGAGUGAAUAUUUUAGAAAAAAAUAUUUGGGAGAAGGAACAGGCAAAAAUGCAAUAAAAUUCCAAAUUCCGGUGGAUAAGAAAAACCGUGCUUUAGUAGACCUUUUAUGUUUAUUACUUCUUUUUGAUGAGCCCGAUUUUAUGUUACCCCUAUCCCCUUUGGUACAAGAACUUGGGGUUAAUGAAACUAUGUUAAAAAAUUAUUUGACAGGAUUGGGUUGUAUGUAA